CGAUGGAAGUGGUUGAACAACUACAGCUCGGACUGCAUGGAGCUGCCGGCACCCGCGUUUCACCCUUCCUGUGCUUCCGGUGCUGUUUCUUCUGGCUGUGCUUCCUCAACAGCGGGCGCCCCCGGAACUGACUCAGCCGUUCCCAAUGCUCGAAUAACCGUCCUUCAGCUGUCUUUUCUCAUGUCAGUCUCAGUAGCUGCUUUUUAAGUUGCUCUUUCUGUGUAUUGUUUUGUAUCCCAGAUCAUAUUAUCUUAUUUAUGUUGAAGCAAAGCUAACAAACUUAAUCAGAAUUGCUGAUCCCAGCUUUUUUUUCAAACAGACUCCAGUUUUUCUGUUAUUUUUUUUUUGUUUUUCGUUCUUCAUUUUUUU